AUGUUUACAACCAUUGGUAUGCAACAAUUUUGGAAGGAAUGUUGGAAAAUGCAACAACAACUUGUUAAAGGAAUAGAUUUAUCAACAGCUCAACAGCCAACAUCAUCAAAUGAAUCAGAAAUAGCAUCAUCACGAUCAACAACACCUGAUACGACAACAAUAAUAAAUCGUUCAGUAAUGGAUCAAGAUGCUAAUGAGACAUCAUCACAGCAUUCACAACAAUUACAUCUUAGCGCUUUACUGGAAGGCGCUGAUUGUAAAGAUUCUAGAAGAGGUAAUGAUAAAUUAGAAUGUAAAAGACGACGUACAAGGACAAAUUUUACGGGUUGGCAAUUGGAAGAAUUGGAAAAUGCAUUUGAAGCUAGCCAUUAUCCGGAUGUAUUUAUGCGUGAAGCACUAGCGUUACGUUUAGAUCUUCUUGAAUCACGUGUUCAGGUUUGGUUUCAAAAUCGACGUGCUAAAUGGCGUAAGAAAGAGCAAUUAAGAAAAGGUGCCCAACGUGCAUCAAAUUUAAUACGUGAUACUGACGGAAACAUAAAAUCUGGUACCACUAGUGAAACUAAAGAAAAUGAAGCAAAAAAUAACGAAAAUAUUACAUUGCCAAAAAAUACAUUUUCUAUUGAUAGUUUACUAGCUGCUUCAAGGGUACCACGUGGUAGACGACCAAAUGCAAAAUAUCCUCGUGUACAAGCCUGUAAAAGUAUGUCACCAUUUAUGCUUCCAUUAUUUCCAAUUACGCAACCAGCUGGUAUAACAAUACGUGAAACUACGCCACCUUCAUUACCGCCAUCACCACAACAAUCAUUAUCAUUAUCAUCUGAUGAUAUAAUCGAGAAGCAAACAUACCCUCAUCAAUAA